AUGAGAACAAAACCAGAGUCCUGUGUCUUUUUUUUGAACGAAAUGACGGCCGAGGAAGAAUAUAAUAUUGUCACUAGACAGCCGCCUAGGCUUCCAAAGAGGCCUGUGGGGAGACUGAAUGGGAACAAAAUCCUACUCUCAGGAAAUAAGCUAUUUGUGGAAAGGCAUAUUGGAGUUGUGGAUCUUGAAUACGUGGAGUCUGACGAAAAGAUAUUCAACUUACUGAUAUGUCUUGUCAGGCUUCCUCCCUUCUACAACUUUAUCCUGAACUUCAGAGAGAAAGGUGAAGAUAUAGAAAAAUGCCAGAUAAUGUUCAGAAUUUCGGAAUUUCUUCGCUUGCUGAUGGAGGAGAAGAAAACCAAUGCAAGCGAUCUUUUAAUGGAGUCAGAUUCGAAAGUAUACGAAGAUAUAUAUUCAGAACUUCUUCAGGCGAUCCACGACGAGCUCUGCGAAUACUACAACUUUGAGGAGGAUACAUGGAGUACCAUGGGUAAAACCCAAGGAGCCAAGCCUAAGCUACUUUACAAGGAAUAUUCUCCAAUUGUAGAGAUAUUUCAGGGAAAAGCUGUUUCUGGAAGCCAAUCUCAGGAGAUCUCUUUUGAAAAGAGUAGGGUGUCUUUAAAAGGAUUCUCCAAUAUCCAAGAGGCCUUUGAUUCGAGUCUAAAGGUUAAAAAUAGAAAGAUAACCAAGAAGCCGCCAGUUCUUGUACUUGUCGUAAAAGAACAGGGAGGCAUCGAUAUACUGAACGGUUCGAAUAUAAGCCUUGGAAGCCACACUUUCUCUCUUUGUUCUUUUAUAACAGAAGAAAAUACCAUGAGCUACUGCUAUGUCAAGGACGGGGAAGGCUGGCAUGGAUAUGGAGCAGGAGGCGUAGAAAAAAUUUUGGAGAUGAAAGAUGUUUGUGGAUAUCCAUUAAUGUUGUUCUACACAUGCAAUGAAUAG